UCAUUCAUCACAAUGUCACUCACAGCUUCACUCCUCCCCUUCUCCCCCACCAAGCUCUCCACCCAAUUCCUCCAUGGCUCAACGCCUCUCUCCUUCCUCUCCAAACCCACUUCCUCUCUCUCCUUCCCAACUCCACUCCGCCACACUUCCCUCCAACCCAUCAAGGCCCUCAAGUACCUCCAGGGCCGAGUCGUCUGCUCCACCAACGACAAGACCGUCGCCGUGGAGGUCACUCGCUUAGCCCCCCACCCAAAAUACAAGAGGAGGGUGAGGAAGAAGAAGAAGUACCAGGCCCAUGACGAGAAUAACCAGUUCCAGGUGGGUGACGUGGUGCAGCUUGAGAAGAGCAGACCCAUCAGCAAGACCAAGACUUUCAUUGCCGUGCCGCUUCCGCCCAAGAAUGUGAAGAAGAAGGAGGAAGAGGGCACGAGCGAGCUGGGGAUUCCUUUGGAGUCUCAGCAGGUUUAGAGUGAGGUCCCCAUGUUGUUUGUUUCAUUGUUGGUUUUGUGAUUUUUGGAAAUGAAACUGUGCUUAGUGUUCGUGAUGAUGUUAUGGAUUUAGUGUAAUUUGGUGGAAAGUAAUGCAAUGCUUGAGCUGUUUUCGUGCUUGAAAUGGGUGUA